CUGUCUGGCUGAUGGUGCUUGAAGCAGUCCCCACAUAUCCAAAAAUUUCCUCUGAAGCUUCAAUUGUUGAAACUCUAGCAUCAACAGAGGCAGUCCCUUGAAAUUUGGAGAGAGCAGAAAAUAAGAAAUGCCAGUAGCGCCUUCCAUUCCUCGUCUUCACUCACCAUUUCUAUGCUGCCCUCUUAACAAUAUCUCUUUUUCACUGUCAUCCUUCAAGUCCGCGAGACAUCAUCAUCAACGGUCACCAGUGUCUUAUCCAUGCAUCAGGGCUAUUGAUCUUGAUCAGAACACGAUAGUUGCAAUUUCGGUCGGGGUCGUAAGCAUUGCUGUUGGGAUAGGAAUUCCUGUUUUCUACGAAUCCCAGAUUGAUAAUGCUGCAAAGCGAGAUAAUACCCAGCCAUGUUUCCCUUGCAAUGGCAGCGGUGCACAAAAAUGUAGAUUUUGCUUGGGAACUGGCUCAGUGACAGUGGAGCUAGGUGGGGAUGAAAAAGAAGUCUCUAGAUGCAUCAAUUGCGACGGUCUUGGUUCUUUGACUUGCACAACAUGUCAAGGCAGUGGCAUUCAACCCCGGUAUCUAGAUCGCAGAGAAUUCAAGGAUGAUGAUUGAAACUUUGAAGAAGACAUGGUUUUGAAGUUGAUCCGAUCAACUUGUAAUAAGAAAGACACGAUCAUCGACACUCUUUUUUGUAUUAACACCUUCAGAUUCCAUCCUUUCUUUCUCCAUCCUUGAUCCAAUGUAAACAAGCUCAGCAUGUAGAAAUUGAGGCGGUAUUAUUUCUACUGGAAAAAAAAUUGAGAAGCAGGGGUGUUCUUGUUA